AUGGAUCUUUCGCCUCAUUUGCACGGGGCAUCGGCUCUGGCUUCGAGGAUGCAAACUCCUCUCGAGCAACUCUCCCCGUCCCUUGAUAAUCUCGAGGAACGUCAUAUCCGGGCCGUUGUGAUACUGCUAUGGCCAUACUCGUCUGCCACGGAGCAAUUUAGCUUGCUCCUUUCGGAGCCAGAUUUCCGACUCAGAGACAGAAAGGGCCAGGUCAGAGUCAGUUUCCGAGGUAUGAGUGCGAAAGCGGUGGCAGAAUCACAAGUUGGCAUCGGGGAUACUGUGAUUUUGAGUCUUGACGGUACACGGUUUCAGAAUCAUGACGCGGAAAUUUGUACCCCAGGAAAGAAUAUUGAUUGGGUUCUUGCAUUUUCGAACGGUGUGCGGCUUGAGGUAUACCGCGAUUCCGAGCUGUUUGCAACUGUCAAGGUCGAAGCUUCUCGGGACGAUCACCCACAUAUUAAUGGCACAAUCCCAGCAACUCCCAAUCGAUCACCCUCAACCCCACAAACAGAAACGAACGGACAACCUACUGGCUUGGUUACAGAAAAUUGGGCUUCACCUGCAUUUUCGCAGAAGUUCAGUAGGUCCUUUGGUUCCCUUCCAAAUUCAGCAAUCAAUCCACUUGAAGAAGAGGAUGGGUAUAUCUGGGGUAAGGGGAGGAAACGGACGAAAUUCGGUAGGCCAAGCAGUGAAUGGAUUUUUGUCGAUACGUCGCCCAGUCCCCCGCCGGCUGCUGCGGAUGGAUGGGAAGAUGAAGCCCUUGCACUGGACGAGGACCAACAAGAUACUACAGUGGAGGGACAUUUUUCCCAAGGCGAUACCGUUCCUAAUUCCCAAGCGACUGUUCAUAUGGAUGAUAGAGUCCAAGAAAAUGAGGCUACGGAGAUUUCGGAGCCACUGAAGCAGCUACUGCAAUCCUCAAGUAUGGACGAUACCUUUACCCACUCUCAAACCGAGUAUCCGACCGCCAUAUUUUCCCAGAACUCAAGCCGGAAUAUUGCACAUUCACAGCAACCGACCAUAACACCUUUUACUUCGUUUGGCAAUUCGUUUGAGCAAGAACAACCGGUAGUCAACCUUGAGCGUGCUGCUACACCACCAGUGCCAAAAUCAGCUCCUAAGGUUCCUGUCGGCUCUUCUCUUGAAACGCUAUUCUCAAAUGCAAGUUGCGAUCUACCACCAUCCAGCAGCCCAACGUCGAGCCUGUUUCAUGGACACGACACUACCUCCUCCCAACUUGUUACACCAAGCAUAAGUGGUCAAACUGGCGAUGAAGCAGGAUUUCAAGAUGAGGCUACAGUAACAGCGCCUGAAGACGUACAUCGUAUGGCUGUUCCUUGUGCUGAUAAAAUCAACGGUCCCUUAUCCUCAACACCUGUCUAUGGCCUUAGUAAACAAGACCAGUUUGAUCACAAAACCACCGAGCCUGACCAUGUGGCGCCAGUGACUAGUACGAAGAAGCGCAAGCGCCAUUCAACAGAGUUAGAAGGCGAGGAUCGGCAAUCUGCUUUAACAAUGCCACAAGACCCCUCCCGGCGGGGAUGCUAUGUAGACGAAGAGAUGAUUGAUGAGGACGGUCAAGGUGAAAAAUUGAUUGAUGAAUAUAUGGGAGGAUCUGUGCGAUCACGGCUUGAAGAAGACCUUGAAGAACAUGCGGAUGAGAAACAUGCAGAUAUAUUCGAAGAGGAUGUAAGCCGGAAACUGGAUGAAGAUCUAGAGGAAGAGUUGAUGGAGUUGGAGGAAGAAAUGGAAGAGCGAAUCGAGGAGGAGGCUGGGAAUGAGGAUGAAGAGCAGGAAGAAAACGGAAACUACGAGGAGCAGGAGUUAGCUGAAGAGGAACGGGACGAGGACAUGGAAAUACACUCUGGCGAUGAAAUGGAAAGUGGUGCCUAUGAAUACUCACCACAACUCGAAUCUGAAGAGGAGUAUGAAAGUUCGGGGCUUGAGAUGGAUGAGGAUGCCUUUCCACCGAGACCGACUUAUCUUGCUGUUCCCCGUACUACGCCAGAAAUAAUCGUUUUGGAUAGUGAUGACGAAAGUCAGGCCUCCCCUGGUAUUACUUCUGCUCCACAGCAUGUGGAUAUCCACAGUCCGGAUGUUCAAUUGGCAUCAGGCGAUAUCAAACGGACAAACUUAUCGCAACAGGACUUUACUACUGUUGGUUCCCAACCUCAGAUUGGAUUUGGUGAGAGUCCACGACUAGAAGCGGGAGAUUCCGGGGCGGAAACAGAGAUACUUGUGCAAGAUUUUACUCCCAAAAAUCUUGGAAAUGCUUCUAGAUUCGAUGAGAUUCCUCGGCAAGAAAAGAUUGGUUACGUAGCUGAAACAGCACUUCACAUUGAGGCAGAUUCUGUGGUGGUCAAUGGUAAAGGCGAAGAUACCGGCCAUAAACCUGAAGACCUAAACGAGUACCGCCAUGCAAGCCCUUCCUUCUCAGGUUUCAUGUCUGAUGAGGAACCAGAAACUAAGCUCGCUCUGUCCAAUGAACUUGCUAUUGAUCCUCAAUUAUACCUGCCUGGAACCCGGAGGAGCUCAGUGACCGAUUCCGAUCCCCGGGGUAGCGUUGAUCACGGACUACCUCACGGCAAAGUUGCUGAUGUCGAUGGUACGAAUGAGCCCAGGAUUUCAUUAGCACCGAAUUCGGAAAGCCAACUUGUUACACUUAUAGAAGCUGGGCAAUAUUCAGAUAUUCUGUCCUCGAUUCCGUCGUCGGACUCUCAUCCAACUGAAGAUGAGCUCGUUGCUUCUCAACUAUUCUGUGACAUGGAGGAGCAAAUUCGCGAUACUAGCCCCCAAACGCCCGACCUGGUUAAUGGGCCAUCACUCCCCAUUCCACACUCUCCUGAGAGGCAAGCACCAAGGAUUCUAGAAAAUGUUGGCAUCGAUAAUACCACAAAGUAUGAUACACAAAAGAAGAAGGAGAUGGAGCAUGCCGAUGCAAUUCGAAAUGCUACGAUUGAAUCACCUACCAUAUUUCAACCGAAUACCAAUGCUAUUGGCCUUCGUAGCGGCCUAUCGUAUUUCUGUCCUUUGUCCACCCUCGCUGAUAGUUUCAACAAGAUGACAGAUACCAUAUCCGUAGUUAUCUCAUCUUCGAAAAUAUCACGGUCGCGGAGUGGACCCCGGGAGUAUUAUACGACACUACAUCUCACAGAACCUUCUAUGUCUGGCAUAACUGUAUGUGCUCAAAUCUUCCGACGCACGAAAUCAUCGCUCCCCAUCGCAAAAAAAGGGGAUGUAAUCCUCCUUCGCGAUUUCAAAGUUCAGAGCAUGGACCACAAAAUGAUGCUUCUCAGCAUGACUUCUAGUGCGUGGGCCGUCUUCCCUAGGGGAGGCGAUACGAAUGUGCAGAUGAAUGGGCCUCCUGUUGAAUUUGGCACAGAGGAGCAUGAAUACAUUGCUUCUCUACGGCAAUGGUAUCAGGACGAAGGGGAGCAGCUUGCGGCGAAAUACGAGUACUUGGAAAUGACACGCGGUAGUGCUGGGACAAGCAGCUCUAUCUCCAGUGCAUCUAGUAGCAGCCCAAACAGAGGCAGGGGGAGCAUUUUCAAGAAAUUUGCGCGGUCGAAGAAGCCGAGACAUCGUCGGAUUACUAUUCAUGAAUUGCGGGAUGGGCGGCGGUAUGCAGAGGUUGGUUCGCCGGCGGAUAAGGAGACGAUUCACGAGCUAAGGGAUGGUACUGUUUAUGCCAAUUUGUGAUGAAGCACUGAUUUUCUUGCGUCCAUUUGGAGCGAAUGUUUUUUCUUUGGGUAUGAAGCUGGACCACGCCUGCUUUGCUCAACUUUGACAAAAUAUUUCAUUAUAAUUUUGCAUGACAUUGGAGUCAUAAAAUGGUUUACAUUGGAUUAUUACUAGACUACAGAAUGGAUCAUUAUUCU